CAAGACGAGCUCAAACGUAUCGCCGCUUACAAGGCCGUCGAGUUCGUCCAAUCCGGCAUGGUCCUCGGCCUCGGUACCGGCUCCACCGCCAAACACGCCGUCGACCGCAUCGGCGAGCUUCUCCGCCAUGGCAAGCUCGACAACAUCGUUGGUAUACCGACGUCUAAGAAGACCCAGGAGCAGGCUCUGUCUCUCGGCAUCCCUCUCUCUGAUCUCGACGCACACCCCGUCAUUGAUCUCUCCAUCGACGGCGCCGACGAGGUCGACCCUUUUCUCAACCUCGUCAAAGGCAGAGGAGGCUCUCUGCUUCGGGAGAAGAUGAUCGAAGGAGCUUCCAAGAAGUUCGUGGUGAUCGUGGACGAGUCCAAGAUGGUGAAGCACAUUGGUGGGAGCAAGCUUGCUCUCCCCGUGGAGGUUGUGCCCUUCUGCUGGAAAUUCACGUCGGAGAAGCUGCGGAACCUGCUGGAAGGGUACGGUUGUGAAGCCAAUCUCAGAUUGGGGGAGAAAGNCCAACAUUUGUCACUUUCUUUCUAUUAA